UUCCUACAGCGCUGCUGCCGUAUCCGUCGUGCAGAAGCAACCAGCCCAUUUCGAUACGCGCGAGGGAACAACGGGAAUUUGACAGGAGACAACAAGGGAACAUCCCAAUCGCGAGCGAUGCAGCCGGCCGCGAGAAGUUGGUCGUCGCCGCCGGCGGCAACGGAGGCCAGCCCUUACGCGAUGCCUUCGCCUGUACAGCCGGCGUCGUCCAACGGCACCAAGGAGGCGGUGAAGAAUGCGCUGUCGCGGUGGGGGCGGAAGGUCGGGGAGGCGACCAGGAAGGCCGAGGAUCUGUCGCGCAACACUUGGCAGCACUUGAGGACGGCGCCAAGCAUCGGGGAGGCGGCCGUGGCGAGGAUCGCGCAGGGGACCAAGGUGCUGGCGGAAGGCGGCCACGACAAGAUAUUCCGGCGGGCCUUCAGUGCCCCGCCGGACGAGCAGCUCCGCAAGUCCUACGCCUGCUACCUCUCCACGGCCGCCGGCCCGGUGAUGGGCAUCCUCUACCUCUCCACGGCCAGGGUCGCCUUCUGCAGCGACAGCCCCCUGUCCUACGACGCCGGCGGCGGUGACAGGACGGAAUGGAGCUACUACAAGGUGGCGAUUCCUCUGCACCGGCUGAGGGCGGCCAGCGCGUCGGCGAGCGAGCUCAAGCCCGCAGAGAAGUUCAUCCAGCUGGUGUCGGCGGACAAGCACGAGUUCUGGUUCAUGGGGUUCGUCAACUACGACGGCGCGGUAGCGCACCUCCAGGAAGCGCUGAGCGGCUUCCAUAACUUGCAGGCCCUUUGAUCUCAGGAGAUCGACGGCGUUGUGUUCGUGCUCGCCAGGUACAUGGAGUGGCCCUGUUCCCGCUCUUUCGCUGCCGGCAGUAGUGUUUGCAGCAUACUCUGCAUGUUAUUUAGCUGUGCUUACAGUGUACUACCCGUCCGUUCGUCCGGUCGUCCGGAUUUCAUGCGCAAAAUACGAACCGUUCUAUUUUAGAGAAGACCAUGAUUAUUCAUGAAGAUGACUCUGAUUAUCAGUUUAUCACGGACCAGAUGAGCCUCUCUCUGGCCUUGACGUUUCCUGCCUGAUGAA